UCUUUGUAUAUAGACAAAUGAUACAAUCAACAGACCAUUUUAGAUAACUAAUACCAAGACAUAAAAAGAUGGCAUCCAUCGCUAACGGUAGUCAAGCCGCCUUCUACGACGAAGAACCGGCUCCUGAUAAUCUCGAGAAUGUACGAAUGCACGUUAAAGAGUUCAUUGAAUUUCAUAAACAGAAUGACACGCCCGUUGUUUUGGUCACGUCAGGAGGAACUACGGUACCCUUGGAAUUCAACACUGUACGGUUUGUCGACAACUUUAGCGCUGGCACGCGUGGUUCCGCUUCCGCAGAAUAUUUCAUUAGCGAAGGCUAUGCCGUGCUCUUUUUGCACAGAGAAUACAGUCUGGAACCCUUUAGCCGGAAUUACACACACUCUAAGCACUGCUUCUUGGACUUCUUGCACGUUGAAACAGAUGGACUUGACACAGCACGGGUGAUCGUCAAUCCUAGGGAUAAGGGUCAUUUAAUAUCCACCAUCAAUAAGUACAAGAAAGUUCAGCAAAACCACAUGCUGCUGAAAGUAGACUUCAACACGGUAAACCACUACCUGUUCUACUUAAAGACCUGCGCUGAGGAGUUGAACGCCUUAGGCAAGAACGGAAUUUGUUAUUUAGCUGCCGCUGUAUCAGACUUUUAUGUACCUGCCAGCAUGCUGACGCACCACAAGAUUCAGUCAACAAACGGUCCCUUCGAAUUGAAGAUGGAACAGGUUCCGAAGAUGCUUCAUACACUCACGCGCGAGUGGUGUCCCAAUGCCUACAUCAUUUCAUUCAAACUCGAGACGGACGAUAAGCUUCUGGUCCCAAAGGCCAAACAAGCGCUGGUGACCUACGGACACCAGCUUGUGAUAGCGAAUAUGCUGCACACGCGCAAGUUCACGAUCACACUAGUUUCUCCCGAUGAUACGGAAGUUGUUGCAUUAUCACCCGAAGAGAGGGAUGAUGGUGACGUAGAGAUUGAGUCCAAAUUGAUUGUCAAGCUUAUUGAGCUACACAAAGGCUUCAAAGAAUGAAGAGUCGUUCGGAAUAUCAGGGACUACGCUGUGUGGAAUCACUAAAAGCGUCAAUCAACAGGCAAUUUCAUAUGCUACUUCAGAUAUCUACGCUUAUGACAACUGAUAGAGGUUCACUUUGAAAAGUGCGCUAGUUGUAUGCUGGGAACUGCAGUGAGGUCAAUAUCUUGCCACCGCGACAACACUAAACUUGUAUAAGCCGAGGUUCCUGACUACCAUGCAAUAGAAUUGGCAAAAACAGAAAUAGUAGCAUGACAUUCGCCGUAGUUUUGGAGCUUCAGUACUCGUUGGAAGUCUAACUGGCACGUGUCUCGUGGACAAGAAUGCUGACAUCUUCACGGUCAUAAAUCGGUAUGCGGUGAUAUUCUAGCGCCGCUGACGGCAAUCAAUAUAUAUAUAUAUAUAAAUAUAUAUAUAUAUAUUAAUUUUAU